AAAUUCAACAACGAUAUACGCACGUUUAAUCUUUAGGACAUUUUAUCUGAGCUGGAGCCAGAGAACAUUACUUUGCCUGAAAACAGCGUCUUAUGAUAGAACGCUGGUGAAACGAAUGGCGAACACAGCUCGUUCCCGAGUCUACUCAGAUGUCAAUGUUCACCGUCCAAGAGAAUAUUGGGAUUAUGAAUCUCAUGUCAUAGAGUGGGGGUAAGUAGUCUCUUAAUUUUUAAACAGUUUUAUACGCACUUUAAAAUGAAGAGGUUUUGAGUAAGAACUCGCCGUUUCACAGAGUUUUCUUCCUUGAACCAGCUUGCAGAUUUUACUUGGUCUUGUACAAUGACAUGCAACGUGCUGAUCAUUAUUUUAUUGUUCAAAACGAGGCGGGUAGGCUGAAAUGGUCCACUAGCUAAGGAUAAUAAGUUUCCAUGUAUGUGAAAUAUUUCCUGGUAGUUGAAAGUAACAGUGCUUUAUAAUAAUUUGAGGGGAGACUUCCAAAUUUAUAUUUCAGAAAGUUUCUGUGUACAUCUUUAGCUACAGUAUCUUCACUUCUAAAUAAGUAAAAUGCCAUUUUCACUCACGACUUCAUACACUGUAAGUGCAUAUCUGUUAUCAGCUUAGUUAGCUUAGGACCCUAUAUUUUCACCUUUCUGAUUAAAAUAUUUUUUAAUCAGUUUAUGAAGGUGAUUUUGUUUUGUCAGAUACAACUGUAUCUUACUCUGUGAAGGAAUUUUGUUCCACUUGGACUUAAUUUGCUCAUUGCAUAGCUAUAUUUUUAAUAUCUAGUAUUUCCAUACCUUAGAUUUAUGCAAUGAUGUUGCCAUAGCAGGUUGCCAAAGCUGUAAUUUUAAAUAACCCCAAUCAUGUAUUUUAAUUUGGAGCAUAAGACUGUGAUUUCAGCUUGGAUGUUUCUUUUUUGUUUUUCUUUUUUCUUUAGCUUAUCACAUUUUGGAAUUGAGUUUUUGAUGUUACCAUUGUAUUUUAUAGUAUUUUUAAGUGUUUAGUUGCUGCUGUCUCGAUAAUUUACCACAGCUCCUAGUAACUCUUAACUUGGUGGGAGAAACAAAUUAAUAUUUUAUGACAUGUAGAAGUUGGAAAAUUAAUUGAGCACACACGAUUCUGUUCUCUAGCAAUUGCCCUUCGAUUCUAAAUCUUUGGCGUCAAUAGAUUUUCUGGUAUAAUUAUUGUUUCUAAUUCACCAAGGUUAAUGUUUCAAGUAUUUACAUUUCAUUAAUUUUGAUAAAGUAAGCAAUGUUAUUAUUUUUUGUCUCAGAAGAGGGGGAAUUUUGACUCAAAGCCAAAAUGUAAAUGCCAUGUUGAGAUUUUGUUGCCUGUUUGCUUAUUAUAUUUGAAUUUAAAAUGGCUGAGACAUAUUGUACACAACUGAGUAAAUUUUAAUAAGAAUUCUUACCAUAGUGUUUGGUUUAUAGACACACUUACAACUGUAGCUUGUGGAUGUGCCCCAAUUUUUUCCACAUAAUUUUGUCAAGUUAACAAAAUGACGAAAAGGCCAGAUAUAAAUGUACUGUACCUGUUACAAUUGAUGAAGUUGGCUUUUACUACAUCAACACAAUUCUAACUUUGCGACGUGUAUAAUUACAGUCAUUUCACCUUGUUUUUGUUUUUAAAAACAAAACAAUAAAAUGACACAGCUUGAAGAAAGAAGAGAGGAAGCUCACUCAUACUAAAGGAAAAAAAAACAUUAUUUUCUAAAGGUUUUUAAUUUUUCGGGCACUUGCUAUCUGAGUGGUGGUGUUCAGAUUGUGACCACCUGUAUACACUGUAGUGAUGAAUAUUGGAAAAUCCCAGUUUUUUGAAAGGCUGAAGUUGAGACUCUGCUUAAUUCUUGUGUCUCAAAACAUGAGUUGUUCCUGCUUCAAGACAGGAGAAUCAAGUUUUGAGUCUUGAGUUGAGACUGUCAACUUACCUUUAGCAGUACAGUAAUUUAAAGAAACUACAGGUACAUGUAAAAUACAGUAACUGCUGUGAUAAUUAGAACAAGUGCUUUGCGUAAGUCAUUGUUGUGUCACAGGCUCUAAUUCUUUUUAGGAGCAGGCACCUCUGAGCAUGUCACGUUCCACUUUUUCCUUUAUUGGCAAACAAACAAACCUGUCAGAACUGACUUGCGAUAUACAUGUAAUGUACCAACAGAUGUUACCAUGUCAAAGGACAGAUUGAAAUGCGCUAUCAAUGCAAGAUUGUAAGAGACGAUAGCAUUUCAAGCUGUUCAGAUGCAUUGUACAUGUAAGUGUACUUCAAACCCCAGAGAAAUGUGGUCUACAGGUAUAUGAAAGUUCUACAUGAAUAUGCAUACAAGGUCCAGAUGAUCAUAUUGAUGUCUUUGUCAACCAUUUGUGAAAACUGGCACUCUCUGUACAUUGUAAUUUUGCCUUGUUGACUAGUGACUAAUCCUCACUGGCUACAAUGUAGUGAUUGAAGUUACAGGUAAGGAUUUGAAAGGGCGGCUACUUAGAUAGCAGGCAAUUGUGUUGUGGAAAGAGUUUGAAAUGAGUAAAUCAGAUGAAAUUACAAAGCAGCAGCUAAAGACGGUCUCUGGCAAACAAAGAGAAGGAAUAAUUAUGGUGUUGACAAAGUUAAUGCACUCAAACAGAAUAGCCAAUCACAUGACAGCACAUUGAAGAAAACACAUACAUCGCAUUCCAAAGGGCAAAGUGACAAAUCUCAGGAACAAUCAGCCAGAGAAUCAUGGAAAAAAUGUAAGCUCUGUGAAAACCUGAUGCUUCAUAGAACAACACAAUCAUGGUCCUGCUGGCCAAUUCUGCCUCAAUCGCAACAAGGAAAAAUCACUUUGUGUCAGUCUGUGAGACAAAACAUCCUUUUUUCUUUCAUAAAAACUGUACCUCACAAUCAACACUAGAGAUGAGUAAAAAUAAACAACUAACUUUUGCAUAUUACUGCAUAUUAAUUUGUGGAAACUGUCCUGUGGAAAACACUGGGAAUGGCAUUUCCGAGACCCUAAAUUUAAAAAUUUUCUGGGGGAGCAUGCCCCCAGACCCCACUAGGUUAUGCCACCUUUGCCAUUACAACUUUUCUUCCAUGCAUGUGUGCGUCUUCAAAAUCUCAUGCUACAUGUACGCCCCUGUCAUGGGACAUGGUGACACCCAAGAAGAAGCAGUGAAGGAUGCUAUGACAUUAAUUUGAGGUGACUCCUCCAAAGAGCAAGAGAAAUUAACUUGAAGCUGAACAAGUCCAAGGUGAAUCUCAAACAAACAGAAGUGAGCUUCAUGACCAGAUCCUGGAAAAGUGAACACUUUUUAAGAGAUGCCUAGGUGCACCUGUAAGAAAGAGCUGAGAAACUUUGUGGGCUUAUUAAAUUACCUUUCAAAGUUCCUGCCAUGCCUUUCAAUGAUAGCUUUCAAGGAGGCAGCAUGCCCAAGUGGUCGGUGCAUCAGACUCAAUUCAGUGGUCCCGGGUUUGAGCCGGUCAUCCCAAGUUCAAAUCAGCCAUGCUGGAUUUGUUCCUCCUGCCAGUCCUCCCAAGGUCAAAUCCUGGUUUUCUGGUCACUGUCAUGCUAUAAAGAGCUAAAACUUACCACAAACUGGUUUACAGGUCAAACACUUUACUGGCCUUCUGAUCCAGAUGCAAAAUAUCAGCCAGUUGGGAUUUUUGGGUUUAAAAAGUGACACAACAGUCUUGAUUUUACUGUCCAUUUGAAUUUGUUUGUUUUUUUUUUUUUCUUGCUGGGCAUUUACCCUUCAAAAACCCCUUUUAGGAUCUUAGGAAAGGUAAUCAAGAUUUUCAUGGAGAUUUUCAUUAAUUUUAUAAUAUUAUUUAUAAUUUAUAGCUCAUCCAUUGACAUAAAAGUAUGCUCUUCUUGGAACAGUCACUAUUAAUUUUUGAGAAAGGUCUUUGAUAAGGUGUCAGGAAAGGACCAGACUUAAAUUUAAUAUUAAAAUAUUAUUCUGUUGUUGUUGUUGUUGCUGUUUGCCACUCUUUACAUCUUACAUUGUACAACAGUAAUGAGUCUUCUCUAUUUUAUUUAUAGACAGCAAGAUAACUAUGAACUUGUGCGCAAACUGGGAAGGGGAAAAUAUAGUGAAGUCUUUGAAGCUAUAAACAUCACCAAUGAUGAAAAAGUAGUAGUUAAAAUUUUAAAGGUUAGUGGUAAAUAAAUAAUAAUCAAGUCCUUAAAUCUGCAGGAAGUAAGUGUUGCGAGAAAUAUCACAAUAGCUAUGUUUGGAAAAGAGUGGUAGCCUAAAAUUAAGUCCAAAGAGGUCAUUCAUCAUUGCUUUAAUAGUGGGAUAGAAGGGCCAGGAUCAGCAAACUCACAGUGCCAUACCGUGCUGUAUUUUCCUGAAGUUGAAACAAGAGAAUGUUGCCGUGUCCCCAUACAUGUAGCAAGUGACAAUAUUUUUACAGUGGAAUUCAACGCACCCAUUUCCUCAGACAAUACCAUAACAUAAUGCUUGUGCACCCUCUCUAGAUUACUGGCUAUCACGCUCUACUCCCUUCCAAAGUGAGGUAUUCAUGAACAGACCAAGCAGAAGCAAACACCUCAUUAUUUCCCAUUGAUUCACUCUUUGUGUUUGUUUUGUCUUUGAGACAUAACAUUAAUUCUGUAAUUAUCUCACAGCCUGUUAAGAAGAAGAAAAUCAAAAGGGAGAUAAAAAUCCUUGAAAACCUUAGAGGAGGACCCAAUAUCAUUAAUCUUCUGGAUGUCGUCAAAGACCCUGUGGUAUGUUUUUGCUGGCACUCUUUGUAGAAUAAAGAAGUCAUUCUUAGCGGUUUGUUAGCAUGGACAACACUUAAACAUGUAAUAAAGUUCUAAGGAAAUAAUUUUUCGGCAUUUCCAUUAUAAAGGAAUGGAAAUAAAUAAGAGUUCACCAGGAGUUAAAGUACUCUAAACUUACAUGAAUGAACACAGCUAGACAAAGACUUUACCACAGAGUGAAUACGUUUGCACCUUCAAAAGCAUUUCCUUAACAAGGCAGUCAAAAUUUGUUCUUGCAUUUUUUUUCAGCACUCUAACUGCCUCAUUGGUGAAAUGCUUAUCAUCAAGCAAUUAUUAAGCCCACCUUUGAAUGUGCAAACAGAUUAGUCUUUGUCUAGCUGUGUUCAUUCAUGCAAAUUUAAAGUACUUCAACUCACAUUUAUUUCCAUUCCUUAAUAAAGCCAUCUUGAUGUCGCCAAAAGGUCAGAACAUUUUUGCUAGUUUUAACACGUUUUUGUUUCUCCGAAUCAUUAUUAAUGGACAACACUACAUGAUAUUAUCAAAAGCCUUUAUAACAGCUGGUUAGUCAAGGCACAAGGCUGGAUCUUACUGAAAUCAAGUAGCAAGAGUUUAGAGUCAAUAGUCAAGAAUCUUUGCUGAUUCUAGAUGCUCAAUCCAUGCAAGGAUUAAGUAUCAAUGGUCAUCUUACUUUUUGUACUAGAACAAAGCCCUGUUUUUUAUUCAAAUUGUCAACUUGCAUUGUACUGUGAUUUAUUUGAUAACACCACAUCUGCAACAACUACAGCCAUGUGCUGAAAUGCUGUCAGUAACUACAGUGCCACAGGUUCCAGGUGCAUUUUUUUGUUCAUUGCCAAAAACAGGAAAGAAAAAAAUCAGGACUGGCUUUGUUUUGCAUACCAUGUACUGUACACCACACCACACUGUUCAUAUGUGUGUGCUGAAUCUACAUAAUCAAGUACAAAAAAUGAGUAUUACUGUCCCAUGGACAAUCAGAACUUCAGAAAUACUGAGAAUUCUGCUAAUCAGUGGUUUUAUUACUUGUACAUGUACACUGCAAUGUACAUUAUAUAUUCAGCUAUAUUAAAAGGCAUCCCACCUUGCUACUAUUAUCUUUCUGUAAAUCUGGCCAGGUGAUUACUCACGUGUACUGCUCAACAUGAUUUAUUUGCUUUUAGUUUAGCAGUGCAAUCACAUAAUUGUCGUUGUUUUUGUUACAGUCUAGAACACCUGCAUUAGUGUUUGAGUAUGUUAACAACACAGAUUUUAAGGUGAGUUGUAGGUUUAUUUUGUUUUUGUGUAAAAGGCUUGUGCCAAUAAUAUCAGUCAGGGUGCAAAGAAAGUCAGUUUUACAGCCUGCCAUUCGGGCAAGCUAUAGCUAGCAUACGUACUAGCCCAUAAGUCAUUUCAACUAGCCCCAAAACCCUUUUUGAUUGGUAGGAUUGAUUGCAAUCCUUCUGUAAUUUGAAUUUCACAAAAAAACAGCUCUUGCCCGUCGGGCAAGUUAAGAACAGAAAUCACUAGCCCAACAGCAAAAUCCACUAACCCCAGGCCAUCGGACACGACUUUCUUUGCAUGCUGAUCAGUACUGGUAUUUUCUUUGGUCUUUCUCACCUGGAAUCAUUUUUGUUUGGAAAAUGUUAAUUUUACCUAUUUUUGAAACUGUCUUUUUUCACAGCAACUGUAUCAGAAGUUUACUGAUUUUGACAUCAGAUUUUACCUUUAUGAGCUUUUGAAGGUUAGUUUUAACUUUCAUUUUGGUAAUUAUUAUUAUUAGUUCAGCGCUGUCACAAUAAGCUGGUACAAUAUGUAACUGGCAAUUUUGCCAUUUUCAGUGGAAUAUUUGCCACCUAAGUGUAGUAAUAUUAAGGUAUCUGCACAGGCAAAUUUUGCACAUUUUUGCAUCAUUUUUAGUGGUUGUUUUAUGGAUAAUAUCUAUAUGUCACUACAUUGACAGUAUUCCUCAGUUCUUGAGGAACUAGAAUAUAUGAAAAUAAACUAUGUUAUGUCACCCAAAAGGUGUUAAUUUAAUUACCCCCUAGGGUGACACGGAAAGAGAAAAAUCAAAAUUUCAGAAGAAUCCUUAGAGUUAUUGUUAAAAAAGAAAUGUAACACAAAUAAGGACGUAAGAUAGAAUAAUUCUGUGUUUGACUACGACACAGCUCCAAUUAAUCCAGCCUCGAGGGCACAAUUUGCUAUUUUGUAAUUUGACCCAUAUUUUGACAUCAAUAACUCAGCUGUACGGCAAUUCUAACCUUUAGUCAAACACAGAUCUGUUCAUUAACAUGCUCUUUGUGUAUUUGCCAAAUUUCACAAAGAAAUAAUGAUCCAUUCCUCCAAAAAACUGGUUCCUGUAAGUCAAGGUAAAUCGGUCACGCGGUAAUUAACGCUUUUCCAGUGUGAAAAAGCUUAUUUUCUUAUCAAAAUCAACUGUUUUUCCUCGAUACUACCAUCACAGACCUUCUUGCCCGCCAUUUUGAAUCACCGCUGUGUAAAAUGUUCGUGGAAGCCUAAGAAAAUGCCAAAUGACCUCUCUAUAGCCCCCUUGGAUUUUGAUACGUGACCAGUUGCUAGGUGUGACUAUUUCCGGAAUAUGCGUUACUCAGUGUCAGCUUUAAUGCAGUGAAGCGCGCCGAAGUAUGAAGAUUGAAGAAGAGUUUUAUUCAAAAUUGAAAAGAAUUGCUUCUGUAAAGUGAAAGAAAUUGGCAGAAAAACAGACCAGAGGAUUAGGGGCCAAGAAAACGUUUUACUCUCCCGGCAAAAUUGUCAGAAUAUAUCAGGUGAGAAGACACACCGAUGUAAUGUAAAUUUAAAACAAUAUUAAGCCCUGGAAAACGGAGUAUAUUUCAAGAACAUAACGAAUUUUGACUAGAAGCAAGUAAUAUUAGUCAUCACAGCUUUAACAGAAGGAAGAAAAAUCAAGUUGGACAUACAGUGGCUGUAGUUUGUCAAUGAAUCCAAGCAGUGAAUAGAUUUUGUUCAGCGCAUCAAUAGAACUUGAUGCUGGAAAGAGGAGUCAAAUUGCGCUCAUGCCGUCCAUUUUCUUAGUAACGGAAAUGACAAUUUUUCUUUAACUUCCGGUAAAUCAGUCAACUUUUGAGUAGAUUUUCUCUUUAAUGCGAAGGUAUAUUCAAAAAAGAACACCAGAUAUGCAUAUUACAUCAUCUGAACUUACUGUAGAAAGAUUUUGAGUGCAAAAUAAAAUGUUGAAAAUUUGCCUGUGCAAAUACCUUAAAUAAAACCUUUACAAAGUUAGGCCUUUGCUGCCUGCUACCCCUUUACUGUGGUUAACCUAGUAUUGUAAUUAAGUCAGAACCCUGGAAGAGUGAAAACAUCAACUUCAGUUCUUAUUUCUGACACCAACCAUCUCAGUGCUUAUUAAAAGGUCACUAUUAUCUUUGGUGAAUGAUGUUGUACUGUUUACGUUAAAAGCAAAACCUCCCCAUGAAGACUCCUGUAGGCCAGACACCUGGCCUCUAUAGAGAGGAGAAGUGGGACAUCACAUUACCAUGGCAGCAACAUUUCUGGAUCACAACAAUGGGGAGCUUAAGCAACAAUAACAGCGACAGCAAAAAAGAACGGCCAAAAAGCAAUCAGUUUAUAUUAGCAGAACUACAACUUUGCAUGUGCAUCACACUUUUUUGUACAUUUCUUAGCCGUCAUUGCAAGUCUGCGACAUGAAACUUACUCAUUUCACUCGCCAGCUUUAUGGAGUUGGUGAGCACAGCACAAAAUUUUCUUUUUCUUUUUCUUUUUCUAGACCAGAUACAUUCCUUUCAGGUUCAACCCCAGACAAUUUCACCAAGAUUUUACAAAUUAAAUAAAACUGAGUAUAAACAUUGAUGAAGUUUGAAACAGUGCAAAUUGAAUUUUUAAGUGAUGUUUUUUGGUUUGUUGUCAUCCAGAAAUUUUGCUGCCAUAUCAAUUGACAUAAUGAAUUGUCGUCUCUUUUGAGGAUAGUAGCCUUGGUCUCAAGAAACAAAUCUUUACUUCAUAAAAAAUGUAAUCCUAGGUACCUUAAGCUGUACUUGUUGAAAUACCACCACCAUUAUUUAUUUUGUGUAUACUUGCCUGUUUUUCAGGUGGCCUUAUUAAAGUAGAUUUGACUCUGCACUUUUACAUGUAUAUUGUACACUAUUGUUUGUGAUUUGUAUUCUAUUUAAGUAGUUAUUUACUUGUUUAUUUUUAUUUUGUGUUGUCAGGCUCUUGACUACUGUCACAGUAUGGGUAUAAUGCACAGAGAUGUUAAGCCUCAUAAUGUCAUGAUUGAUCAUGACAACAGAAAGGUAUGCCAAACUACAUGUACAUCAAGUAAGCCCAGUUCUUUUUACAUUUUCAAAGUCCUUUUGUUACUACAGAACAAAAUAUCUUGUCUAUUCAGACUGAUAGAAAGAAAUGGUGGUGAGAAUUCUGUAAUGAUAUUUAAGGCAAGCACCUACAAGUAGCUGUUUGAAAUAAAACACUUGAUUCACAAAUAAAAUUCACUCAGUGCUAUCUUUUUCAUGGCCUUUGUCUCCAUGCAACCCAACCUUCCCAAUUCAACCAUACUAUACUGAGAUACACAUAUUUCUAUAAUUAACUGGUCAGUGUUAUAUCAUGAUUCAUUGACAAUCAGCAGUGAUAUCAGGCAAUAACUAAGCUUAAAAUGCCUUUUUUUUUCUGUUGUGUUAUUCUCUUAGUUACGAUUAAUUGAUUGGGGAUUGGCAGAGUUUUAUCACCCUGGUCAAGAAUACAAUGUUCGAGUGGCUUCCAGAUAUUUUAAAGGACCAGAAUUACUAGUGGAUCAUCAGGUACCUGACUUGCCUUUAACCUGAGCUUUUUGUUAUAAUUAUUAUGGCUGAAUCCGCAAGUGGGCUAGAUGAAGCAAAGCCCGUGUUCUGGUUUGCUAACCAAGCAGUCAAGGUGUCACUGUAUUAUGCACAGAGGAUUUCCUCUAUCAGUCACUUAAGGAAUUGAACAUUGAAAUUCCAGUGUUAUAGCCACUCAGCUGAGCUGCCUUUAAUAAAGUUUAAUGCUGCAAGUAGAGAACUUUUGCUUUAAAUUGGUCUUCAUAAUGUUUGUUUUUUUUUCCAGGAGUAUGACUACUCCCUUGACAUGUGGAGUUUUGGCUGUAUGUUGGCUAGUAUGGUAAGCUUUUUAUGAGUAAAAUUAUCUGUAUCUGCCGGCCUAUUUAGUAAUAAAUUAAAUUGCUUCACUGAAGCAGAUGUUGCACCCGCUACAUGUAUGAUUUAAGGUCAUUAUUGUCACCUGAAACCAAUAUUGAAAUUCAGCCAUGACAUACAUGUCAAUAUAUGCAAAUGAAUUCAUUAGUGUUUUUCUUUGAACUUGCAUGUGUAUUAACUAAUCUAUUCACCCUCCAUGGUUCAAGUUGGGUUGACCUCCCUACCUCGGUUGGGUUCAGUGGCUUGUUUUAUGCAAUGUGGUGUUACUGGGGACCUGUGAUUUCAUUCAAAAUAGCCGCAAUACAUCCGUAAUUAAAAAAUCAGUUUUUUCCAAAUCAUGUAGAGGCUAACCACAAUUUCUUCAUGCUUAAGCUCUAGAACAUACUAUUAUUGAUUGUACAGUAUAAAUUACCAUUCAAUAGUGAGUUGACACUUAAUCUUUGAUCCUCAAGUGAGUUGAACAUCGAGUGUCCACAAGUCAGGGAUCAAGAAUCAAGAAUCAAGACAUGCAAUAAUCAGUGCUGUAUAACUUUAUAUGUAAAAAAAUAUGUUCUUCUUCUUGCGAACUGUUAAUUUCAUGUACUAAUGUAUGUUCUUGUUGUAGAUUUUUAGAAAAGAGCCAUUUUUUCAUGGACAUGACAACUAUGAUCAGGUUUGUGCAAAAUAAGAGCAAUGGCCUCUUUGUUAGAAGAGAAUCAGUAUGCGUUGGUGUUUAAGAGUUGAAUGACAGCAGGAUUGUGCUCUAACAGGGCACAGUGGCCCCUGGCACCUUACUUUCAGUCUUAGGUGACUUCGACAUCCUCGCUUUUUCAUAGAAAUCCUCACUGGCUACCCCAGAUUUCACAGAUUGAGAGCACUUGGCUUUCUUCAAUAGUCUAAGAGCAUAGCCUUGAUCUUUGCCUCCUACACAUGUACAUGUACAACUGUAGGUACCAGUUUAGUAGUUCAGCUACAGGAGCUGGAUUCACCAACCCCAUUCUAAGAUGCAUGUAUGUCCUACACGUAAUAUUAUUAUUGUUUAACUUAGUCUCUUUUUAUGAUACAAAAGAAUGUUGUUGUUUUUGUUGUUUACUUUGGCAAAGUUGCGGAGGGCACAAUUUGCCAUCUACUGCUGUGUAGUAAUAGCAAGCUUACCGGGUGAAUUUUGAACUUUGUUUUCAGCUGGUCAGAAUAGCCAAAGUGUUAGGAACAGAUGAGCUCUUUGAGUAUGUCGAGAAGUACCAUAUAGAAUUAGACCCAAGAUUCAACGACAUCUUAGGAAGGUAAGUUGCAAAUGCUUUAUGUUGUUUUGCACAUCUCAAAGCAUGUCAAACAAUGGAAGAAAAGCAGGGGCCACCAUUUUGUUCCUGAGUGUAAUCAUGCACAGAAAAGUCGAACAAAUCAGUCAUGUCAAUUUUUUUGUUGUUUUCUUCUACCGCGGUUUGUUUAGUCUCCCUCGCAACCGUUUUUUUGUGUCAUCACGCAACACUCCUCCCUACCAUUGCUACCGAUGAAUCGUCACACCACAGGAUUUCAUCCAUGUUAAAGUAACGCAACAACUUCUCCUCUCUAUAGCGAUGCUUUGCCCUCAGUUGUUGCACAUGCACAGUAACUAUUAUACUUAUAUGAAUUACAAGGAUAAUUUUUACCAUCUAGCCCAGCACGAGAAAGACGAAGUCAUACUGUUACCUAGAUCUGUUCUAGUUUUAGUGUUAAGUAUACAGGCUGGUCAAGUUGUACAACAUUGCAAUCUUUUUUCGUUGCAGACAUUCAAGAAAGAGAUGGGAGAGAUUCACUCACUCAGAAAAUGAACUUCUCGUAAGUCCAGAAGCAAUCGACUUGCUGGACAAGCUCCUAAGAUAUGAUAUAUCAGUAAGUUGAAACUUCUCAUGACGCACUAUUUUGCAUUUGCGUGUACAUGGUAUGUAGUUGCUUCUCUCAUAAUCACAACCAAAACCUCUAGUCCAUAGUUAGACAUACACUUGUCCGCCCUUCAUGUGGGGAGAUUUCAUGUAAAUGGUGUUAUACUGUGAAAGCUGCGGAGUGAGAAACUCUCCUUUUGAACUGCAAGUUCUAGAAAGAAAAACGAGAUAAGAAUAUAGCCAGGUAUCAAAGAAAAAUGUUUUUGACCCGAAGUAGGGUUGAACUCGCGACCUCUGUAAUAGAUCUACCAGAGCUGUCACCAACUGGGCUACGAGGCUAGUUAGGAGCACUUCUUAGCAUUAAGGUUUUCAAGUGCAAAGCUGGGGAUAUAAUAAAUUCACACGAGUCCUACGCAGCUUACACAGUCACUUAAUUCACCUCCAUCUCUUAAGUCAUUUUCCAUGACGCUCUACGAGGUGAACAUCUUAUUGCCGGUCUCAAUUAAGUUUCUUUAAAUGGAGUUGACCAUAAUUAUCCGUACAUCUUUAUUCAUAUUGAAUAUGUAUUCAUAUUCACAUUCAUAUUUUCUUUGACCAGUAAGAUUAGUGCGUGUUUAAUGUCUUGUAUUGUUUUUCCCUUGUAGGAGCGCCUCACAGCAAGAGAAGCCAUGGAACACCCAUAUUUCUGUAAGUUGCAGUAUUUUUCCACGUGCAUGGACAUUUCAACCUAGUUUCGUCUGGCACAUACACUCUCUCUAGCUAUUAUAAGUUUAACUUUUACCAUUCAUGAUUCUUUUAUUUAACAAUACAAUAUCGCUUCGUUAUAAUGUUUACUGUUUAUGCGCGAAAACCGAAUUCAUAUGCGUUUUAAGCUACGACGAGGGCAAGAAAAUGUCAAACAAACAAUAGAGGUAAACAUCGAAACAGUUCCUCCUUCUUUAACCCUUAAAACCUUAAGAUCAAAAUUUGAAUUCUCAUUUGUUGCCCCUAUUCAUUUCCUACACAAGUAGUGGGGAGAAGUUGAUAAAAUAUCAAGCAUAUUCAUGUUGUGUGAUCAUGUCCGUAAUUCUCUUGACCAUUCUGUUUUACAAAGCAUUGAUAUUACACGGAGAAAUUUGAUGCUGAUCACUCUUAGGGCUUAAUUAGUUAAAGGGUUAAGUGACUGUUCACACUAUACUGGAUAGCUGUCACGAAAACCAUACCGGAUAGGGCUUCCGUUCACACAAGAACAAUUGUGCCGGGCCGAUUUCUGUGACGGAACGAAGCUGCCCCAAGCCGAUCUCGAGAGUGGAGCGUCACAUAUCGGAUAGGUUUUGUGUCAUACGCUAAUGCAGCGUGAACGCCUAUUCGGGCCCGUCACGGAAGUAAAUCAGUGGGAGCGAGGAUUGGGACCCACUGAGACGGAAGUAAAUAUUCAGGAGCGGGGCGGAUGAAGGUUGCGCCCGAGACGUUGUACCCGAGAAGCAAAGUUCGAAGCAGUACAAGGCCACUAUAUCAAAAUAUAUCAGUCUAAUUUUUUGUUAUGUUAUGUAACAUUUAUCCCCCUUUAACACAUGUAAAAAUUGAGGUUAAGAAGUUUUAAGCUUUUGCAAACGAAAUGGCGAAAGACGAUUAGGUGAUAUUUAGUGGAAGGAGGAGGUAUUCAACACUUUCAAAUUAAACUCAAAUUUUGGCAUUAUACGACCAACAAGUUUGACUUAUAACUGUUUAUUGAUAUUGUUAUGAAACGAAUUUAUCUAUUUAACAUUGUAGCCUGAAAUUACAGAAAGAAAAUAGCAUUUUCGGUUUGCAAAAAGGAAAAUUUCGCCGGCCUUCAAGCGCACCGGAAGCGCGGAAAGAGCGCUCAUGCCAGUCCUACUCCGCAUCACACAUUAAACAAAGAGCGCAGCGCUCGUUUCACCGCCCAACAUUUAUCCGCCCUGUUCAGGAGUGAGUACUGAAAUUUGUUGCACCAAACCCUCUCGGCCAACCGCGCCGGCGCGAUGUUCGAUAUGUGUGAACGACUUGUGUCGCUCCGGACAGUUGCUGUUCAUACUAUACGGUGAUACCGGAUUAGGGAUAGCUUUUCGUGGCACCACUAGAAAAAAACUAGCUAUAGCUAUAAUGAGAAUAUAGCCUUAUACUUAGUGAGUGUGUUCUUCUCAAUGGCUUAUCUGACCUUUUGUAGACCCAGUGGUGAAACAAGAACAGCAAAGACUGGCCUCAGGACAACAAGUGAUCAGCUCUCCAGUUCCGAUGCAGUCCAGUAACACCCCCACUCAACAGAUUGGAUCGCCCAUUCCACCAUCUUCAUCUUCGCCGCUGCCAAAUUCCACACCUGCAUGAAAAUUGUGUCGUUGUCACCGAAAACUUGUGGGAUAUGGGCGUUAACUCACAGCUUGUUUUAUUAAGGGAGAAGAUGUCUGCUUCAUUGCCUCCAGCUUCCGAAACGAAAAUAUUAAAUCUUCUAUUUGUUGAACACUUUUUGAUAUUCCAGAUUAUUGUAUUAAAAAUAUCCCGUGAAAAUGGAGUCACCAUUCUUUUUAUAGACGUGCUGAAGGGCUUAUUUAAAAGAUCCCUCAGCAGGGAAAAAUAGAAAAAUUACAGGAUUACGAGACUGCAAGUAGCCUCAGGUCCCAUUUUCACGGGUCCGAACAAAUUUUUGAACGGACAAAAACUUGCAAGGAUAUUCGUCUUUCGUUUAUACGGGACCCACUGAACUGUGCUAGUUUUUGAACGACAAACAAUACUAUCUGUAAAAGAAUUGCACGGUUCCAUGUAAACGGGUUGCACAGGUAAAAAAAAAAAAUAUUCGUUUUGUUCGGACCUGUGUAAUCAGGGUCUCUUAUGUUCUUCAACGUUAGUAGGGUAGCACGUGAGGUACACGUGGGGAACGAAGGCCCCUUUGAACUCGCGUGCUGCUCAACUAAAAGAGACCACUUGCAGCCUACAAAGUGGUGCACUCCGGUAUCAAUGUGGUUACAGAAACUAAACUGUGUAAGUGGUUAUUUUUAAACGAAAGUUUUCUUAGUAUUUAUCGGAUUUGCCAGUCUUCAGUACUGGUCGCCUUUUGUUUUACCAGGCAUGAAAAUACUCUUGUUCCAGUAUGAACGUCAUAGAGAAAUAGCUUGCUGUUUGUUGUCAGCCACAAUUUUUUGGAA